GAAAUCGAUUCGCAUCCCUGGAUUGAGUGAGGAGGGGUGAUUUGGAUGGAGAUGAAGGCGGUGGUGUUCUGUACCGGGCUUAUGCUUCUAUUUGCGUGGCUUUCUCCAAGCCAAGCCAUUUAUUUCCAUAUCGGAGAGACGGAGAAGAAAUGUUUUAUUGAAGAAAUACCCGACGAAACCAUGGUGAUCGGGAGAUACAGAACACAGCUGUGGGACAAACAGGCUGGCUCUUUUCUUCCAUCCACCCCUGGUUUAGGCAUGCAUGUAGAAAUCAGAGAUCCUGAUGCCAAGAUCAUCCUGUCCCGUCAGUACGGCUCAGAUGGCCGUUUCACCUUCACGUCCCACACACCAGGCGAGCAUCAAAUCUGCCUCCACUCCAACUCCAGCAAGAUGGCGCUGUUUGCUGGGGGGAAACUGAGAGUCCAUUUGGACAUUCAGGUUGGUGAACACACCAACAACUACCCGGAGAUCGCAGCCAAAGACAAACUGACCGAGCUGCAGCUGAGGGUCCGACAGCUUCUGGACCAGGUGGAACAGAUCCAGAAAGAGCAGAACUACCAGCGGUACCGUGAGGAGCGUUUCCGUAUGACGAGCGAGAGCACAAACCAGCGCGUUCUGUGGUGGUCUAUCGCUCAGACCAUCAUCCUCAUCAUCACAGGAAUCUGGCAAAUGAGACAUCUCAAGAGCUUCUUUGAGGCCAAAAAGCUGGUGUGAAGAUCAGACGGCAUCACAGAGACAAUAACUCAAGUAACAUUCAUUGCCAUUAUGGUUUUCAAGCAUGGAAAUACUCAGUGCUUCAUUUCAAUUUUUUCUUUUUAAAUUCAAUUCGGUACAACUUUAUCUUGAACAGAUAAAUUCAGACACAAUGAGCUUAAACAGGCAGAAUAUUAACAACCCUUAAUUCUGCUGUAUGACUGAUAACCCUUUAUCAUACAUGUCUAGCAUCUAGAACAUUGUUCAUUUGACUAAAAUGUGUGAUAGGAAAAUGUUAUGCUUUUAAAGUGGUGAUCAUUAUGGGUGCAUGGAAACUACUGUUGAUUUCAAGGUUGUAUUACUGAUAAAUGUGAAGAAUCAAGCCAGCUAAUCAUUUCAGCAUUUUUCAACAUUUUUAAUAUGUAUAUAUUGAGGUAUUUUGAAGAUUUUGACAAAUUUGUGGCUUUGUUUUCAUAUUCUGUCUGUCUCGGGCUCUCUAAUAGUUUUGAUGUUCAUGAUUUUGAGGGGAAAUGAUUCAAGCUAAUUGACUAUAGCUUGCAUAGUAGCGGUUAAGACCAACAAAAAUACAUAUUGUAAGAAUUUUCUUAAGUGUUUUACAAAAUAUGAUUUUUGUUGUUGUUCUCAAUGUUCUGUUUCAUGCUUUAUUUAUUAACUGCAUUGACCACAUUUAAACAUACAGGAAUGUCUGUAAUGAAAACUUUCGGUUUUCUGGGUUCUUAAAUUUCAAGAAUAUAUGUUGUUUAUAGGAUCUUUGGAAAAUUUUGUACUGGCUUCUUACAAGUACCAAUUUUAAAAAUGCUGGUUUGCAUGAUGCACAAAUCCUCCAUAUAAUGAGACAAUUUGAAGGUUAUUUCUAGGCUAACACAGCUGUAUUCUCAAGUGUAAUUCAAGCUUUGUAAUAAACUGUUCAUCAGUGUGCAUGCAGAUACUUAACUGUACACUUGGUACUCAGUCGUUACAUUGUUUGACACAUCAUUCAUAAACACUGUCUUAGUUUCUGUCUAUUUUAGUUGUUGUUUCUUUUAAUUAAAUGUGUUUUAAAUUUA